AUGUCUCCUCCAACUUCUGGGAAAAGUAAAGAAUCAGGGACUGCCCGGGUUCUAGGUUCUGGUGCAUCUGGUGUCGCCGAGUUACUGGUAUUUCACCCAGUUGACACAGUAGCAAAACGGCUUAUGAGCAAUAAAGCCAAAGUAUCCUUCUCGACGCUCUCCCCGAUCGUAUUCCGCGACUACGCUACGGCAUCGUUACCCAAAAAACUUUUGUCUCUCUUCCCCGGUCUUGGGUAUGCAGCAGGGUACAAAGUUUCUCAACGGAUAUACAAGUUCGGUGGGCAGCCGUGGUUCAACGAGAUCAUUACGCGAAAUUACAAGGACGAAUUCACGAGCGUGUUUGGCGAGAGGAAGGGCAAGAUGAUGAUGCAGGCGACUGCUGGCAGCUUGACUGGUAUUGGUGAAGUUGUCCUACUUCCCUUAGACGCCCUGAAGAUAAAACGACAAGUCAACCCCGAGGCGUUCCGUGGACGAGGAGUCCUUCGGAUAUUCAUGGAGGAAGGCACCACCCUAUACCGUGGAUGGGGUUGGACCAUGGCGCGUAAUGCGCCAGGCUCCUUUGCGCUCUUCGGCGCGUCGGCGGUUACGAAGGAGUACGCCCUUGGCGUCACUGACUAUUCCAAAGCCACGUGGACCCAAAACUUCAUUGCAUCUAUCGCAGGAGCUGUUGCAUCGAUCACAAUUGCAGCGCCCCUAGACACAGUCAAGACUCGUAUCCAGAAUGCAAAUUUCGAGCAGAAGGUGCCUGGCCUGACGGUCAUGAGGGACCUUAUCCGGAAUGAAGGCCCUACAGCGUUCUUCAAGGGCUUGAACUCCAAAAUUCAACUUCGUACUAAUCACUUGCGGAUGCAGAUUCUUGUCGUUGGGCCGAAGCUGGUCUUCAGUUAUACCCUCGCACAAUCACUAAUACCUUUCUUUGGGAAGUACGUAUGA